AUGCUUUCUAUCCUCCGCAAGGCCCGGUUGAAGGACAAGGAGAUGCGUGUUCUGAUGCUAGGACUUGAUAGUGCCGGCAAAACCACCAUAGUCAAGAAGAUCAUGAACGAAGAUGUCAACACUGUUAGUCCGACACUGGGCUUUAUCAUUAAGACGAUCAAUUUUCGUGGGUACAAGCUCAAUAUUUGGGAUGUUGGUGGUCAAAAGACAAUUAGGUCAUAUUGGCGCAACUAUUUUGAGAAAACUGAUGCUUUGAUUUGGGUGGUGGAUGGCACCGAUCGUCUGCGAAUCGACGACUGCAAGGCCGAGCUCAAAGGGCUGCUGGUGGAAGAGCGUCUGGCUGGCGCAAGUCUGCUGGUCUUUCUCAACAAGAUCGAUGUGAACGGGUGCAUGAGCGUGGAAGAGGUGACACGGGCUCUGGAACUGGACAGGAUCCUGACCCAUCAUUGGGUUGUUGUCCCUUGUAGCGCCAUGACAGGGGAGAAUCUAGAGAAAGGGUUGGACUGGGUGGUGCAGGAUGCGAAGGACCGACUCUUUCUCUACUAA